AUGGCGGACGAAGAAUAUUCCAAAGCCUCUGCGGAGGCGGAUCGUGAGAUGACACGGCUCUGGCGUACGUGGAGGACGGUGUUCGAACUGCUACUGGACCGUGGCUACGAAGUAACCGAAGAAGAGGUCAAGAUCUCUCUCAACGAAUUCAGACAGCGAUACUCUGACGCCCUAGGCUUUCCAGACCGGAAUAAAAUGCGCAUCAGUGCCCGUCCGUCCCAAUUGAUGAUGGAGAAAUACACUCCCCUCCCUACUCCCUCGAAACCCAACUCAGUUCCCGAAUGUGGCACGAUCCACGUCGAAUUUUGCAACGAGACCCAGAGCGUGGGCACAAAACACAUCCGAGCCUUCAACCAGUUCAUCGACCAACAAAACUACCACGCCGGCAUAUUCAUCACGCAGUCUCCCAUCUCGCCAUCAGCUAUUAGACUGCUGACCGCCAUCCCGGGCCGAUUCUGCGAACACUUUCUGGAGCAGGAAUUGCUGGUCAACAUCACUCAUCAUGAGCUCGUGCCGAAACAUGUACUCCUCAGCGCGGAAGAGAAGAAGAAGCUACUGCAACGAUACCGAUUGAAGGAAUCACAGCUUCCCAGGAUCCAGAGUGGUGACCCUGUUGCGAAGUACCUUGGCUUGAGAAGGGGCCAGGUUGUAAAGAUUAUCAGGAAGAGUGAGACUGCUGGACGAUAUGCAAGUUACAGAUGGGUUACUUAG